GUUUGUGAAUGGGCAACGUAAAUUGACGGAAAAAAUAUUUUUGAAUUUGUGUAUUUGAAAAGUCGUUAUUCUAUUUGAAAAAAAAAAUAGAUAUUGGAAAAAUACGCAAAGAUGGCGAAACAGAAUUAUUGCUGUUCCGCUAAACAAUACUUUUCAUACAUGCGGAAUUUGGUGGAUACGUUGAUUAUAGUUCCGCGCAUUAUUAUUUGCAAGAAAAUGAAGAAAAAUGAGAUAUUUACACAGACUAUUACCAUAAAGAAUAAGGGACUGUAUCCCCGCAAUUUAACAUAUUAUACGGACAGCCUACUGGAUACAAAUAUCACAUUUCCUCGAUAUUGGGAACAUACCUAUUUGCAACCGGACGAAAUUUUUGAAAUAAAAGUCGUCAUUAAACCGAAUGCACAUAGUACGCACACCAAAUGCAGGCAUAUUUAUAUUGACUCUGCUCAUCCAAAUAUAACCUUUGAGAUUCCAAUUAUAUCAAAAUCAAUGAAUGAAUGUUAUCUACCAAAAUCAAUUGACUUCCCCUCCACAACGCUAGAUGACUCUGCUUACUACGAAUUUGUUGCCUACAAUCCAACCAAAGAUGUCCAAACACUUUUUUUUAGAACCUAUCCUAAGAAUAUCAAGGUCACCCAAAGCAAAACUCGCAUUCCACCGCGCGACAGUAUAAAAGUGCUAUUAGUACUCAAAGUGAAUAAUCUUAAUACAAUGCAAGAUAUAAUCAAAACUAAAAUCGAAAUCGUUAGCUUUGAUAUUCAAAUUAUGCAUACUCCAUUAAUAAACUCCUUUUACAUAAAUACAAAUCUCUUAACCUUCGAAUCGUUGAAAUAUGAACGCGAAACAACACGAAGUUUUACCGUUUGUAAUGAAUCGAAUGAGGAUAAAACUUUUACAACCACAUUCUUUACCGAUCCCGAACAAUUGGAUGAAAAUUUUGACUUUAAAAUGGAUGCAAGACAAUCACAAUCGUACUCCAUACGUAGUUCCAGCUCCUUUAAUAUCAUUCAUACGCCCUUACCCCACCAAUGCGAUUUGGUGGCUUAUAAACACUUUCGUAUCGACAAUGAGAGCUUUACGAUUGAAGGUAAAAGUUCUAUGGAGAUCCCUGUCAUAUUUCAUCCGGUUUCGCUUAAGGAGUGUGAAUUUAGGGAAGAAGAACCAUCACCGCACAAAGUGAGGACGAUAUUAUUUUUAACUAUAGGCGAAGAAAUGUCCAUUGUCCGCCAAUUAAUAAAUUUUCAAGGUUCUAUUAUUGGACCAGAGGUCGAAAUCACACCAAAAGAUAUAUACUUACGAACUGUUUACAUGGGCGAGGAACACUGCACGGUUAUUAAGGUGUUAAAUAUAGAUGGUAAAGUAAAUGCCUUUGUUAGAUUCAAAGAUGUUUAUAAUUUUGAAACAGCCGGCGCUGUUGUACAACCGGAAGAGGGUUUCGAUUUGGAACCUUGUAAAAGCGGAAUUUUUCAUAUCUCAUUUUUCUCAAAGGUGGUAGGAGCUUUUGUGGCGAAAUUACGUUUCAAGGUCAGAAAUGGUGACAUGGAAGAAGUGAACAUAAGAGGUCACUCGCAACAUGCACGCGUUAAAAUGUUUCCGGAUGAAUUGGAUAUUGGUUGUGUGCCAUUUGGUAUACCCUGUAAGCGUUUCAUAUUAAUGGUGAAUCCUUUUAUGAUACCGGUUGCGGUGCAAUGCACCGUUGGCGAAGAUGGUGACGAGAUACCUUUGGUACUUAAUGUGAACGAUGCUGAUGGUUUGCCAGUGAUAACGGUUAAGGAUUAUAUAUCCGCAAUGAUUGCAAUGGCGGAAGAAGAAUUAGAGCCCGAUGCAGUUGAAGAACCAACGGUGCAGUUGGUAAGCAGAUCGGAUUCAUUACUUUCGUAUCGUUCCGUAAGCACGGAGGAGUCCACAUGCAGCACAUAUUUUGAGGAGGAGAUCUUAGAGAAAAUACCGGAUUUCGCAUUUACCAUUAUAAGGAAAUUAAGAGAAUCACGCCAUUUAGAGCAAAAAGAGGUUGAAGAGUGUGUUGUCAGCGCAACUUUAGAUGUGCUACUAAAGACCAAUUACUUCAAUUCGCUCAAACAAUUCGCAAAUUAUGCACAAAUGGAUUGGAAUAUUAUACCUUUCAAUCCGAAGGAGAUUUACUGUGACAAGGAAAUUAUAUAUCUGCAACCGAAUGCGGGCAAAACGGUGACCGUGCUGCUCAUACCGAACAGAGUCGGCUUAUUCAAUCGUGCGCUCAACGUACGCAUUUGUCCAAUAACCGAAGAGGAACUGAAUAAGAAAAAAACAGAUUUCUCUUGGGAUUUGCGUGACAAAUUUUUCGUAUCUUCCAAAAUGUUUACAACCAAAAUUUGGAUGGAAUAUGCCUGUCAUCUGCCCAUUAUUAAUUUUACACAAGUGAUUAACUACGAGUCCGAAGAGACGUACAUUGAUGAUGAGGUGCAAUGUGCUAUGCUCUUUAAGAAUUCAUUCAACGUGCCCGGAUUCUUUUACUACGAUGUUAUACCUUCGGAUGAAAAUGGCGAAAUGAUUUUUCCCGAAAAUAUUUUGAAAUUCUUCAUACCCGCCUUUGGAAAAGUUGUUGUACACUCGACUGUAAUAUUUCGUCGGUUAGGCAAAGUUAAGCUUUCUGGACUCAUUAAAAUCGUAGGAAAUUUAAAUGGUUCGCCAUUCCAUAUAGUCGCAGAUGUCAAGCCUGUGAAAAUUAAAGUCUCUGCGACACGAGUUCACAGACGACAAAAAGUGCUGGAAACAACGGCAGAACAUAUCUAUAUAACAAAUGAAACGCCAACGGUGACUAGGUUCACAGUGAAAUUGAAAAACUCGAAAUACCAAUAUGUUGAGCCCAGGGGCGCCAUACUCUCUCCUGAAGGACAGGGUACUUAUAUAACAAUUUUUUCAAAAUUCUACGAUGCCGAAACCUAUUACAAUACCUUGGUCAUAAGUGUUGCCAACAGUAAUACUAUAGAAAUACCACUUACCUACGUUGUAGAAGGCUCACCCGUUGGCGUGGAACCGGACAUUUUCAAAGGUCACAAUUGUGGUACACUUAUGAUUAAUUGUCUGGAUAGGUACGAAUCGGAUGUGCCGAAGUACACACAGGAGGUGAAAUUGACAAAUAGAGGAAAACAUAGGUACUGCAUGUAUAUUGAUAAGCUGCGUAAUAAUAUCACGAAAUGCGCUAUUGAACUUGGUCAUGGUCAUCUAACGGUAUCACCGAAGAUGAUCUGCCUUGAGCCACAAUCGCAGGGAACACUAUAUAUAACGGCUGAUUCGUGUGAAGCGGGUGUAAUUUUUAAUGAAUUUCGUGUGAGAACUAUUGAUCAAGAGCACAAAUUAAAGGUGCACACCACACGAUUCACAGCAACGGCCACAUUCAUGGAGCCGGAAAUCCAUUGGUGUCAGAAACUCAUAAACAUGGAGUACAAUAGAACGCAUUUUUAUAAAGAACAUCCGGUGUUGGCCAUAGCAUGUCUGAAAAACAUGGUGGAUGUGAAGUGCAAAGUUUGGCUCAAAAUUGUGGGACCUUUCAAAAUAAAACACUUAUUCGAGCAUAAUUUUGCCAAGAUCAUACAUUUUCCCAUGACUGGUUUGGAGCAAAAAGAAAUUAUAAUUUCGCUGAAUAAAUCAGCAAUACGCGACGAAUUUUGUUCCACCGUCGAUGGGCGUAUUCUCUGCGAAGCAAAUAACAAAUAUCAGAGAUCACUGCAAUUAAAGUUGAAAAUCCGCAGUCCAGAGUUGAGAAUCAUGCAACCGGAUAUGAUACUAUUUACACGAGAAAACGCUAGUCUAACCUAUGUGGAGCUGCGCAAUAUUUCAUGCUUGAAUGCACAGUACAAAUGGAAGAAAGUCGAAGAGAAAACGACGUAUGUUUCGGAUUAUGAUGAUACUUAUAAAUUCUCAUUGGACAUACUCUCCGAAAUUCUACGCACGUUGGAUAUUGAUGGCAGCGAUUCAGAUGAAGAUUCACUUUACCAACGAAAUUUGACAUUGCGUUACCAGAAAUAUCGUUGUAGACUGCAUAAACUUCAAGAUCCGAUCGGCGUUGACGAAAUCAUCAAUGAAAUCAUAAACAAUUUGGACUUGGAACAUAAACGUUAUAUGUUAAAAGUCGAUGAUCCAUAUGACCCUUGUUUGAGUGCGAGACGUUGUUCUUCCGGCGAAUUUGUACGCAAAACUUUGGAUGCAGUUUUGUAUGGUCUGAAGUUGGAAGAUUCCUAUGAUAUAUCACAAGAGAGUAUAGAAGAGUGUGAUAGUGAACGCACCAUACAUUUCAUUGAGAAGACCGGUCACAUAUCGAAAUUUGAUACAGUGCAGUCUGCACUCUUUUUGCCGCCAGUAAAACCGGGUUAUGCUAAGACGGCAAUUUUUGUGCUAGACACAGUUGGUAGUUGUCCUCAACAGUUUGAUAUAACGCUAAUUAAUUUGGAAAAAGUUAUGGAAUUUUCUUCGGAAAACGUAUAUCUUGGUAUUCAGCCAUGGUACGAGCUCUUCAAAACAUCAGUAAGAAUAAUAAACGUCACACAAUAUCCCAUCACACUGAGUAUAAGUCACAAAACUGUGGUGGACAAAAGUCAACGCCUCAGUCAAGGAUAUGCAAAAAUCAUCGGAGAGAAAUUUUUUGACAUUUGCAAGUUCAAGUCAAAACUCUUGACAGUCGAGGGUCUGAUGGGUUUCUCCGAGCAAUUCACACACGACAUACUAGUGAACGCUAAUAAAAGUGAAGAACAGACUAUACAUUUUCGUGGGCAAGGUAUUAUGCCCAUAAUUGAAGUUGUAACUAAAUUAGCACGACCCGAGCAGGAGAUUGAAGAAAUAUUGGAAGAAUAUGAACUAUUGCAAAUAAUUUAUCAUUUCGAUGUGUUCAAAUCUAUCACCGAAUACGAUGAGGAUAUGCCAGCGCCAAGAGAGGAGGACAAUGUCAGUAUGAUAACAACCAAAUACUCGCUCAGUAGCUAUCACACAGGCAGCUCCAAGAGUACGUCGAGUAGUCGCGAGGCACGUUUCUAUCGCAUGAUGAAAACCUAUGUAAUUAUUAAUAAUAAUGCGGAACUGCCACAUGCUAGCGUGCUGGAACAGCUAAUUGAGACACAAAAGUUCAUCAGACAAUUGCGUGAAAAUCCCAAAACGGUUGCAUUGUUGCGUAAGGUGCAUCAGGAUUAUUUGAAAUUGAUCAGCAAUUAUGGUGAAUCAAUGCCGAUUAAUUUGAAGCAUUUCACCGCACAACCCUUGCCCUUCCAUCAGCAGGGUUUCGUAUUAAAUAUGAACGUAUUGGUUUUGGGACAGCUGCGAAAGUUCACGAUCGAUCUGCAUUUCCAUGGACCAGGCAAAUUGAUUGCGGCUGUACGUACCGAGGUGAAAAUACCGGGAUUAUAUGUGGAUUUCGAAGUCAAAAAGAGUGAGGAUCAUGAUUAUUUAUUUUAUGCGGCUGAAAAGAAAUCGCCCAGCUUGUUUGGCAAACGCUAUCGCAAUAUGUACGAACGUGUCAUUGAUUUGGAAACAGAUCCGAAGGUGAAGCAUGCGCAUUCCUUCGAUUUGGAUAAGACAGAACAUCAUACACGCUUGGAAGUGGGCGCCAAACAGCGCAAAGAACUGCAAAACUAUUAUAAUAGUCUAAAUAAAUCGGUGUAUGAAGAUCACAGGCAUCACUUUACUUUAUGUAAAAUAUUUAGCAACAGCAAAACGAACUAUUACAGUGGUGAAGCACGCAUUGUGGUACUGCUCAAGCCGGAAGCAAAGUUCUAUGAAGAGGGACAAGUGCUUGAGGAUUAUCUAUAUAUAGAUCUGCACUUGGGUCCAACUUUACCCAUUCUACUGCGUGGUAUUAUCUCGAAACACUACCGAAAGCAAAGCGAUUCGAAAUAUUGAGUAAAACGAUUUGUGUUUUUAAUAAUAUUUUUAUUUUUAUAUUUUAGUCACAUGUAAAAUUUUAUUA